GUUUCCAAGGAACAGUAAACAAAAGUGACGCCUCAGUUUGUUGUUUUCUUUAACUUAAUUGUCCUUCAUCACAAUUUAAUUGAUAGAAUUUAAUUUCCACCAUGGCUUUAACAGGUACUGUUCCAGGUAAAGGUAAAUUGAUCGCUGUUAUCGGCGAUGAGGAUACUUGUGUUGGUUUUCUUCUUGGAGGAAUCGGCGAGGUGAAUCGGGCCAAAAAUCCUAAUCUAAAUUUCAUGGUGGUUGAUCGUAAUACGGUUACAUCGGAAAUUGAAGAUACGUUUAGAGCUUUUCUCAAGCGAGGAGAUAUUGAUAUUAUCUUAAUCAAUCAGAAUGUCGCUGAAAGGGUUCGCCAUGUGAUCGAUAUUCAUAAAGAUCCAAUUCCUGCUGUUCUUGAAAUUCCCUCAAAGGAUAAUCCUUAUGAUCCAGCUAAAGAUUCAAUCAUGAAAAGGGCCAAAGGUGUUCUUGGUGGUGAUUAAAUUGAAAUCUCAACACUAGAACAUGAAAUUUUCAGUCAAACCAGAAAGUCAUCUUUACCCUUUGUUAUUCAUGUUGUUUGUGUAUCUAUUAUUAUACAAGAGUGUGUGAUUAUCUAAAUUAGUCUUUAAUUAUUACCUUUGAUGGUGAUUCUUUUGUUUACCAGAGUCAUUUACCUACUCAAGAAAAUGUUUCAUUCCUGUUCAUUGAUUGUCUAUUUACGAGUACAAAGCAAAAAAUGAAUUUCUCUCCAUGGACUUGUGGCCGUCGACAAAAUAAUCAAGAUUUGGGAUUCAAUUUCUCACUUUCUCCCUUUCUCCCUCUCUCUCUCUCUCAUUCUUUGAGUUUUUAUUACAAUAAUUACCCACGGUACAUAUAUAAAUUAUUAUAAUUAAAUUGUUCUAUCAACUAGUGUUAAAUCAAUGCUAGAACGAUAUGAAUAUUUAAAGAGA